AGGAGGAGGAAGAAGAAGCAGAAGCAGAAGCAGAAGCAGGAAGGCAGAGAGAGAGAGAGAGAGAGAGAGGGGGAGAGAGAGAGAGGUAGGGAGUCAGGCUGUGAAUGCUAACGAGCCCCGUUCGUAACCACACGCAGCUCCGUGGGUCGGCUUCGAUAAAAACCAACCCGUGAAGCAAUGGAGAGGACCGAGGAGCAGCGUUAGAAACACCUACUAUGCGCCAGUGCCGCGUCCGCCCCGCAGGCGUGCAGCAGCCUCACCGUCGUCGGCACGUUUGAUACGAAGAAGAAGAAAAGAAAAAAAACCACAACGUCUUUUUUUCCGCUGAGUGAAAUGUGUCGCUGCUGCUCCGGACUCACAUUCUGACAAUGGAGAUUGAAAAUAUCGUGGCCAACACGGUUCUCCUGAAGGCGAGAGAAGGUGGAGGUGGGAAGAGAAACGGUCGCAGUAAGAAAUGGAAGGAGAUGCUAAAGCUUCCGCACAUCAGCCAGUGUGAGGAGCUCCGUCGCACCAUCGAGAGGGACUACACAAGUCUAUGUGAGAAGCAGCCCAUUGGGCGGCUGUUAUUCCGUCAGUACUGUGACACCAGGCCGGAGCUGAAACGCUGCAUUGAGUUUAUGGAUGCUGUGGCCAUGUAUCAGCUCGCUCCUGAUGAGAAGAGGAGGGACUGUGGAGUGAAUCUUUUAGACACAUACUUCAACAAUGGGUCGGCAGCCCAUCUGCCAGACGUACCCCAGGAUGUAGUUGCUGGGUGUCGGGAGAGGCUGGAGCAGAGUCCGUGUAAGGAGCUCUUCAAUGACUGCACAAAAAUAGUUCGUGAUUAUCUGAGUGGAGUUCCAUUUUCCUUAUACCAUGAGUCCAUGUACUUCUCUCGCUUCCUGCAGUGGAAAUGGUUGGAGAGGCAACCAGUAACCAAAAAUACCUUCAGACAUUACAGAGUACUAGGAAAAGGUGGAUUUGGCGAGGUUUGUGCCUGCCAAGUACGUGCCACCGGUAAGAUGUACGCCUGUAAAAAGCUGGAAAAGAAACGUGUGAAGAAAAGAAAAGGUGAAGCAAUGGCACUAAACGAAAAACGCAUUUUAGAAAAAGUUAACAGUAGUUUUGUAGUUAGUCUAGCAUAUGCCUAUGAGACCAAGGAUGCGCUGUGCCUGGUGCUGACCAUAAUGAAUGGCGGUGACUUAAAGUUUCACAUCUACAACAUGGGCAACUCUGGGUUUGACGAGCAGAGGGCCAUCUUCUACGCUGCUGAGAUCUGCUGUGGCCUUGAGGACCUGCACCGUGAGAGGAUAGUCUACAGGGAUUUGAAACCUGAAAAUAUCCUUCUGGAUGAUCGUGGACACAUUCGGAUUUCCGACCUGGGCCUUGCUGUUCAGAUCCCUGAAGCAGAGACGAUACGAGGGAGAGUGGGGACUGUUGGAUACAUGGCUCCUGAGGUGAUCCAGAACGAGAGCUACAACUUCAGCCCGGACUGGUGGGGGCUGGGCUGCCUGAUCUUUGAGAUGAUCCAGGGCCAGUCUCCCUUCCGCAAGCGCAAGGAGCGCGUCAAGCGGGAGGAGGUGGACAGGCGAGUGCGCGAGGACCAGGAGGAGUACUCUGAUAAGUUCUCAGAGGAGGCGAAGGACAUCUGUAGACAGCUCCUGGUCAAGGAACCCAAGGAGCGCCUCGGUUGUCUGGGUCACGGGGCCAUAGAGGUCAAGCAGCACCCGAUCUUCAGAAACAUCAACUUCAAACGGCUGGAGGCGAACAUGCUGGACCCUCCCUUCAGCCCAGAUCCUCGGGCCGUGUACUGUAAAGACGUCCUGGACAUUGAGCAGUUUUCCACUGUCAAAGGCGUGAACCUUGACCCCACAGAUGACGACUUCUACCACAAGUUUGUCACAGGCAGUGUCUCCAUCCCGUGGCAGAAUGAGAUGAUCGAGAUGGAGUGCUUUAAAGAAAUCAAUAUCUACGAGACGGAUGGGACCCUGUGCUCAGACCUAGACAUAAACCGGCCCAACCCUCCACCAAAGAGAGGCUUCUUCUACCGCCUGUUCAGAAGAGAGGCAAGUGCUAGUGCUCCGGCAACUGUUCGAGGGGGUGGGGGCUAAGGUCUGUUUUAAGAGCAGUUACAGUGACGACGAGACCGGAGAGCCCUCGCGACUUUAAACCACUCCCUUCAACCCGCCGGUUAGCCCCACCCCGCCCCUCCCUCGCCGCUGAACUUCACCACAAACUCCAACCGAGCGCAAAUCUUAGGAACUCAGUGAAUGUUGACCUGUAUUUAUGAGCUGUAUUAAAAGUGUAUUAUAAUUAAAGAAAAAAGUAUGAGUUUAAAGAUUUUGUACAUUUGUACUUGAAUUUAUGUCUAGAUGUAUAUUUUCACUAAAGGUUGUAUUGUACAAAAAGCCAUAAAAGUACCACUUGAAUGCAUACAUUACAUUUUUUUUUUUUUUUUUACUUUCCUUUUGGAAUGAGUAUGGAUAAUGUGUAUUGGGGAGUUUUUUAAGAAGCACAGUACCAGUUGUUGUUUUGUUUUUUUCUCGAUGUAGCAUAAGGCCUUUUUUGUUUUUAUAUGUGCUGUAUGUUUGUCAUUGAUUUGGCCAACGUGACGUGUUGUUAGCACAUCAGAUCCACCCCCAUCCCGAACUAACCUUUAGCCUCUCAACCCAUCGAGGCUCAGGUAGAUCUGAGUGGGCGUAGAUCUAAAUGAAUCCAGUCUUAGGUUGCUGUGUUGAGGCCAUGCUGCUUAAACCUUCCCAUAUAUUUCCCAGCUCUCCACAUUUUUCAUUGGGAGUCUAAGAUCCUUCCCUCAGUCCAGUUAGGCAGUUUGUGGUGGAAUGGACGGCCUGCGUGGUAAAGCAUCAGCUAGUGGCCUGGACCGGCUCCAUUCUAGCAGAGACGGUGGAUUUCUGUCUGACAACUUUUUCGUCAGCAUGCGCAACAUUAAGUAUCCUUACAAAUACAAAGGACAUAUUAUGGAGGUCAGUUUGCGUGACACACGGCCUGAUUAUCAUUCCUGGACCUCUCCAAAAACCUUUCCAGGGAUGCAAACUGCUCAGAUGCGCAGUGUUUCCUUUGGGAGCGCAGCUGCUGAGUAAACGUCUGUUACAUUGCUCACUCAGGCUGAACAUGUUUCGGUGACUUAUAUUUACCCCCCACCCUUUUCAUGCUUUUGUCAUACUACCUAGCUUUUCUGUGUCAUUGCUCCGUGCAGAGCGGAAAUGCUUUCACUUGAAACUUCUUAGUAAUUUGCUUCCCAUAUUUUUUUUGUACACUAGAAAGCCUAUGAGUGAUUGACUGGAGAAUGACUUGGAACAUAUGGGGGACAGCUGGGGAUGAGGACAAUGAUGCCACUGUAUUAGAUCUGACCUGCAGCAUCAUCGAGAAAACAAAUUGCUGAUGCAUCAAACUGACUUCCAAUGAUCCAGCUGUCAGCAGCUAUUAGCCUCUGCACAGAGUCGAGACGCAGCCUGCUUUGGCCUCUGCCUGUUGAUCGUAGAUAGCUCGAUCCCUUUUGGCCUCUUAUCCUGCUGGUAGAACGCUAGUAACAUCCAGUGGCUUCAGCCGUGUUUGUGAUAAUGAUAAAAUCAGUUCGUCGUACCCGUGGCCAUCUUUGAUUUUUGCUUUGAAGUCCUGGAUGUUGUUCUCUCAGAGGAACGACAUCAGAAAGUUGCUUGUAUGAGAGUAGACCAGGAGAAACACUUGACCACUUUCACUGCUACAAUAUUUAUGCAUUUAGUUUGGUUUCCUUUCAGUUUAACCAAUCAUGAACAAAUACAUGUUCUGUACAUUUCCCGAUCAUGUUAUACACAGGAUUCAUUUUUCUGCUCUCACUUGCAUUUCUGAUGCCAUUUUGCUUCAUGAGAAAGAUGCUGUAUACUCCCCAUCACCUGUUUUAAUGCUGUGAAUAUCCAAUCUGGACAUGUUAGCUUUGUGUGUGUAUAUUACACUGUAUGCUAAUGCAGCUUUUGGUCAGUCUAAUGCAUUGAAGUAAAUUAGCCGUGUGCUGUAAGAAUUGAGUUACAUUAAGGAUUCAUUCAUAAUCUGAUUCUAUUUUUUUUCUCCACAAAAAAAAGCAAUGUCUGCCUUUUUUUGUCAGCACAACAUUUCAAAAUCAUUUAGGGGUUUGAAUGUCAGUUGAACACAUUUCUAACAUUUGAGAUGACCUGCAGUUGAAAUGGUACGCAUAGAGUUCCCCGUCUGUUUGGAGAGUCUGCGGUUUGCCGAUUUAGUAAUUUUGGUUUCCCCUCCCCUUGUUGCACACUCCAUUAUCAAAAUCAGGAAUCGAACGCGUGCAUCUAGCUGUUGCUGGCUUUCGUUACUUGAGUUUCUUUAGUGUCUUUAUUUUUUUGUUGUUGCUCUCAGGCACAUUUUAAAGCUGAUUUCUCUUGCCAGUGUAGAUUUUAGCCUUUUAGCUCUUUAGCCUCAAAAACCUUGUAAAUGAUGUAUUUCUAACAUGUAACUAAGCUCUAACACACACACACACACACACACACUCACAGGGAAACAAAUGUGUUUGCCUGCCAUGCCUCUGUCAUUGUUUGGAGUAACUUUACUGUCAUACCACCCAUACAGCAGUAAAGUUGAGUUCUUUUCCGUUUCAUUGCACUAUGGUGUGUUUUGACAAUGAUUAUAUAGGAAGUGUCUUUAACUUUUUUUGCCAAUGAUACCAAAAGCGACAUUUGAGUAAAUCAAACUUGUUUCGUUUGCUGAAGAAUUUACUAAAGAAAGACUGACAGCCUUUAUUCUAUGUGCCAAUUAUUAGAGUUAAUUUCUGACAUCCCAUCUUUUUUCAACCUCUUUAUCCUUCCGUCCGCUCUAAGAGAAAUCCCUUCACAUAAAGGAAUUUCAACAGUUCAACAGUUUUGAAUGUCCGCACUAAGUGCAUUUUAAUGCCUGUUUUAAAAAAAAUACAUAUGUUUUAUUACUCAAGCAUGUAUUGGUUUGUAAUACUUCAGGUUCCUUAUAUAUGUAAAUUAUGACCUUCUAGUGCCAACAUAUCUCACUGGUAUCUGAGAACAACCUUAUAAAUGGCAUGGUGACCAGCUGAAUUAGCCCAGUUUGAAUACACAACAAGCAUUCCUGCUCUCCUGCCUUCCUCCAAGGCGCUGAUGGCGAGUGCGUCUCCCUACAAACUGGGAUGAUGCGCGCUAGCACCGGUUAGAAGUGAGAGAUCCUCAGUUCCUUGAUGUCACCUGAGUCUAGUUUAGGGAUAACCACCGAUACAAUUCUGGAAAUUCUCCAGGAUUUUGUCCAGAUGUGUCAGUGAAGUGAUUUUUUUUUUUUUCAAGGAAGGAAGGAAGCAAUGGGAAAAUGCAUUAGUGGUGUUCAGACUGGGCCUGGGACUUCUUGAUUUUUCUUUUCUUCUUUUUUUGUAUCUGUACAGUCAUGUCGUUCAACCACUGCAGUCAUUGUUAAUUCUUGUACAAGUUGUAUCACUGGUUGUUGUACCAUAUCUGACAUUUGUAAUUAUGAAAUAAUACACUGCCAUUUGUAUAAAAAAAAACUUUUGUCUUGA